CCGAGCGCCGAGGUUCCGUGAGCGCCCGCGGGAGCCUGUCCCCUCCGCUGCUCGCCCCGGGGUGCUGUCCCGCGGGGGCUGGGGGAAGGAACCGGCCUUUUCUGGGUAUCCCCAGAAAGCGUGGUCACCCUGGCAAGAAGGUGAUGAGGGAAAAGCGACAUCUUCACCAUCCAUAGGGUGACUUUCUUGUUGAAUAUCCCACCGGCAUUAAAACUUUAUAAACUAUGAAAGAUCCUAAUUAGCCAAACAUGCUGGGAUGGUCCUGCAUGACUUCUCGUUUUACCUCUGGCCGUUUAUAUUUUGCUGUGAGUUUUCAUGGAUUUAAAGACUCAAGCCACGUUUUAAAGGAGGAUUUUUGCUGUAGCGUAACAGGAUAGCAUCUGUUCAAAGCUGUCUUGGCUAAGCCAGGAGGGAUAUCCAGCCUGCAUGGACAGGGCAACAUUUGCCUGUUCCACUGCCUUUUUUCGUGACUACAGUAGUUCAUCUCAGGGUGCAUUCUGCCUCCCCGGAGGACACAUUGACUUUAUUGAAAAAGUAGAAUCAUUCACUUACUCAGACUUUUUCCGGGAUUAUUUGAUUCCCAACCAUCCCUGUAUUUUCUCAGCUAAAUUCACUGAAGACUGGGGCAGCAGGAGAAGCUGGGUGACUUGGGAUGGAAAGCCUAACUUUGAUUAUCUGCUGCAGAAGUUUGGAGAGGCUGUAGUACCUGUUGCCAACUGUGAUGUCAAGGAGUACAAUUCUAACCCGAAGGAGCAGCUCCCCUUCAAGGAGUAUAUCAAGUACUGGAAAGAGUACAUUAAAAAUGACUACUGUUCAUCCCGAGGGUGUCUUUAUCUAAAGGACUGGCACCUGAGCAGAGCUUUCCCUGAACAAGAUGUUUAUACAACCCCUGUAUAUUUCUCAUCCGACUGGCUGAAUGAAUACUGGGAUGCUAUAGCUGUGGAUGAUUACCGGUUUGUCUACAUGGGACCUAAAGGUUCAUGGACUCCAUUCCAUGCUGAUGUCUUCCGUUCCUAUAGCUGGUCAGCCAAUAUAUGUGGGAGAAAGAAAUGGCUGUUGUACCCUGCAGGACAGGAGGAGUAUCUGAAAGACCGCUACGGCAACUUGCCCUUUGAUGUGACUGCCCCUGGCCUUCAGGACAGGAGUGUUUAUCCUCACUACAACCAAAGUCAACCCCCUGUUGAGAUUGUGCAGGAAGCAGGGGAGAUAGUCUUCAUCCCCAGCGGGUGGCAUCAUCAAGUUUACAAUCUGCUGAUCAUGAAGUCUUGCACAGGUAUAGACUACAAGGAGUUCUAUAACUUCCUCAAAGUUAUUGCAGAGAACAGGAUUUCUGUCCUGGAAAAUGGCCUCGAUGACGAAGCUUCAGCAAAAAACACUCCAAAAGCUGCCAUUUCCACCUUGGGCAUGCUCCAUGCAGUGUUUGAUUUAAAGAGGACUGUGAAGGUGUUAACAUCAUUAAGUGCUAAUGAAGAUUUCAAGAAACUAGACCUGACGUCACUUUCUCCACCUCCGGAGGCAUUGCUCCACCACUUGAAAGCAGCAAUAGAUACAGCACUACUCUAACUUCCUAUUUAUUCCAUUCUUUGUAAAACGAACCUUUUGCAAAAUGUUGUAGAAGACUAACUUCUCCCUGUUUAAUAGCUCUUGCAGUUGAAGUACAGAGAGCCUUCAUAUAGAGUGGGGAGAGAGUACAUUCAUAAGACAACUGAAUGCUUUUUAAGUUGACACCAUUUGCAUAUCUAGAGUAAUUGGGCAGGAAAAAACCGAAAAAUCCUCAGAUAAAGGACAAAUCUAAAUCAUGUUAAUAAUGUAUUUUGAACCUUGCUGGUGAAUAUGCCUGCAGGGAAGAGGGAACAGAAAUUCUCUGUGGAUCAAGCUUAGGUCUGUCAGGACUAAACACCGAUGUUGCAGUGGUCUUACGCUGGGUGAGGUUGCAGUGGUCCACCAUACUCCCACUCCUGAGAGUACUGCAUACAGAUGGCAAACCUGCACUGCAGACUCCAGCAGUUAAGCUCUGCUUUGUCUGGUCACAGCUAAAUUACUGUAAGACUUGUCCUGCUUCCUGGUACAGCUUAGCUUUUCUUUUUUAUGGGUUUGGUUUUGAUUUUUUUUUUUUUUUUAGGAGACCCUAGUUAGUUAGAUUCCAUUGAAGCCUGAACUGGCUCAACAGCUGUACCUUGGAUGUGGAAGAGCUGACUGCAACAGUGUCCUGUAAAGUGGUAUCUUUCUAAAGCUGAAAGUCUUGGGCAGGGUCAGCCUUCAUACUGCUCCAAGGGCCUGCAGGAUUAAAUUUAACAUAAUAAUCAGGAAGCUCAAGUCCUGAUUGCAAAUCAGUGCAGACAGCAAACCUGCCACUAAUAAUUUAAGCAUGUGUUCUGCCCAAGCUCAAAAGAAGGAACUUGAAUGUACUCUCACAUUUCUACAUGCUAUUUCAAGACACAGUAUUUUAUCAAGCAGAGAUUUAAUUAAUCAGGGAAGCAAGUAAGUAGCCUCGUAUUAUCCUAAAAAAGCCAUGCUGUUACCACACCAAAUAACACUACUGCAUGGUUACUUAGCACAAUUUGCAACCUGAAUGCUACCCGUGGGCUCAAAGAGUAUUUCUAGUGAAGUAUCCCUCUUGCUUUUAACUGGCUGGUGAGAAAGCCUAGAAGCACAAAUGGCUGCACACUGUUACCUUAGUUGCCCCUUCAGGGCUCACUUGAAUUACUGCUCAAGAACUUCCUCAAUUUUCAACCAGAUGACUAGUAAGAGCAACUAAUUAUAUGUUUAGAAAGUGCAAUAGUAAAAAUCUUCAGUAGGUUGAAAAAUCACAGUUUUCUAGAUAAUGCUGUAGUUUGUAUGCGCAUGCAUUUCGCAUGUCCUAUUUUCUAGUAGAAGUUUUGCAUUUUGAGUAGGAAGUGGUACGUGAAAUUAAAAUCAAUACCCAGAGCAUGGAUAAAUGCGGUAUGGAGAAAACAAACUUACUUUUUUUUUUUUUUUUUUUUUUAAACAGCUGGGACUACAUCUCAGUGAUUCAACCUUCUGGCAGGGGGUUUCUUUAGAUGGGAAAACUGCCAGUUUUAAGCAGCUCUGAAAUUAAAAGUUCACAGCUGUUACUUAAUGUCUGUUUACAUUCUCAAGGACAGGCAGCUGGAGCUUGCUUACU